GCGCCGGAACCUUCGUGCGCGGCCGCCGGGGCCGGGACCGCCCGGAAGCUCGGGCCGGGCUCCGCCGCGCCCGCAUGGACCCGCACCGGGACCCGGGCAGCGCCGCCCUCGCCGGGCCGCCCCCGCCGGCAGGUGCCACGAGCAGCGCGGAGCAGCCGCCGCCCCCCGGGAGCCACUGGGGUGAGAUCGCGGAGGACGAGCCCCCCGAGGGGGCCCAGGAGGAGCCCCCCGAGCCGGGCGACGCGGUGCAGGCCAUGCUGGCGGCCGUGGCCAGCAGCCCCCUGCCCGUGUGCAGCCAGCAGCGCGGGGAGCCCGAGCUGACGGCGGGCGAGAAGCGGGCGCUGCUGGAGGCGCUGUACCGCCAGAAGCCGGGGCUGUUCCUGGAGCGCUUCCACCGCGCCCUGCGCCCGCCGCACCUGGGCUGCUUCGCCCACCUGGCCGGGCGCUACGACGUGGCCUUCUACUGCGGCGAGGUGCAGCGCGCCGCCCGCCAGGCCCACGCCCGCACCCGCACCCGCAACCGCCGCUACGCCGCCCUGCAGCAGCUCAUCCGAGACGGCGAGUACUUCAGCAGGGGGGCCAUGCGGGCGCGGGCCCCGCUGCUCUACCAGCAGUACGUGGGGCGCUACCUGAGCGAGGCGGAGCGGCGCCAGGAGCUGGCGCAGGACCGGGCGCGGGAGCGGGAGCAGGCGGGGGGCUGCCUGCUGGCGGGGGCCCUGCUCGACUGCUACCAGGAGCAGGAGCUGCUGCGCGCCCAGCAGGAGCAGGAGGAGGCCUGCCGGGAGGAGGAGGACGAGGACGAGGACAGCGAGGAAGAUGAGGAGUCGGAGGAGGACCCGGACGCCUGGGUGCCCAGCGCCGCGGAGAAGGCCUUCCUGCGCCAGGAGUUCACCUCCCGCAUGCACCAGCACUUCCUGGACGGCCGCGACGGCGACUUCGACUACAGCGCGGUGGACGACAACCCCGAGCUGGACGACCUGGACAUGGUGGCGCGGGACGAGGAGGAGCGCUACUUCGACGACGAGGAGCCCGGGCCUGCCCUCGACCCCUGACCUCUGAUCCCCGACCUCCAGGCUGGGAUCCCGAACCCCGCUCCCCUCCCCGCCCCCGCUGGAUUGGGACCGCUCCCUCCACACGUGCACCCGAGCCAGGGGCCCGCGCCCCCCCCGGGUCAGAGGUCAGGACCUGGGGGGCAUUUGGGGUGGGGUCUCUGUGCACCAUUAAAGUGGGAUUUGGUA